AAAUGUGUUCCUAUUCUCUGUUCUUUCAAGUAUAUAAUGCAACAAAUUAUGGCAAAAAACGUGUCUGGGGUAGGUAACAAAAAAGUAAGGCACCAAAAACGCCAUGUUUUCAGAUCAUCAUUUUCAUCCAUUAUUAGUAGGUGGCUAGCAUUGUUAGAAUUAGAUUGGUGAUUGAAUCUCCAUGCUCUCACCCGAAACUUACAUCUGCACAUGAUCCCUAAAAUUAGCUAAACAACAUUAAUAAACUUACUAUAAUUGUUUAUACAUCAAAGAUAUUUAGAUACUCUCUUUAAAAUCAUAGAUUUGCUUACGAAUUCUUGAACGAUACCCAAAACUCAACCUAGUUAAAAUAUCCGGUGCACUUGUUGAUCUUUCAUGUUCACUUUUGUUUUUGAGCAUUUCUUGAGUCUCUGAAUUUGAGCAAUAGUCUCUUUCCAUUUCAUCAAUGAAACGUUAGUCUCCAUUUUUAAAAAAAUACCCGAAACUCUCAAGCCAAAAUGAUAAAGGUUGAAAAGAUGAAUAACCCCUUUCACCUGUUUCUUAUAAGAAAGUCAAGGCUAAUGUAUAGCAGGGUUAGUUGAAAACUUGACAUACAAGGCUGAAGAAGCAAGUAGUAAACCAUGCCUUUAAAGACAACUGUUUAAGUUUGUUGUAUCUAACUAUGCACCAACCACAUCGGAGAGUGGAGUUGAGGAGAUAAGCUUUACCUAAAUCUUGUGCUAUUUGCUGGUGUUCGAGCAAUUAUUGUUCAAGUGGUUUUAGUCAACCACUCUGUUACUACUUUCUCUAAAACUCUCACAGAUAAUGUGCUUUUCUUGUUUGAUAUUGACAUAAUCUCAGUCACCUAAGUAUUUAAAAAGCCAUUAUCAAUACCUUUGGCUUCAAAUAUUACAUGUUUUUAGGCAUCUAAAAGUGAUCGCCCAUCAAUAUUUCGUAAGUGGGAUGCAAAUUCUCAGAGUAUUCAAGCAUUUUUGACCAAAACUUUUCCACUUCUUACAAACUUGUUGUGCCUACUAUAAUUGCCCCAACUUCUUAUUGCUUGUGGGAAGUAGAGGUAACAAGCGAUGGACAAUAGCUUUUCCAUUAAUCAGAGAUGGAAACUUUGCACAUUUACAUGCCUCACAAGUAUCAUUAUCCUGGUGUUCUUGCUUGGUCAAGACCAUGAGGCCCUGAACUUUUUAACUCUUCAAAGCUCGACCUCAUCCGUGUCAUCUUCCUUCAGUCUUGUGGACUAUUAUGUUGCAGCUAGCAUUCAGUUGCAGCCCAAUGAUAGUUCACUUCGUCUCAGUGAGUAUGAUAAGAAUGAGAAGAAAAGCUGCAACAUUUUUGAUGGAAAAUGGGUUUAUGAUCGCAAGGCAAGUCCUCUCUAUGAUCAAACUAAGUGUCCAUUUCUUAGUGACCAAGUUAGCUGUCGAAGGAACGGCCGGCGAGAUUUUGGCUAUGAGAAGUUGAACUGGGAAGUCACUGGGUGCAAGGUGCCCAGGUUUGAUAGCAAAAAUAUGUUAGAGAAGCUCAGAGGAAAGAGAGUGAUCAUAGUUGGGGACUCACUUAACAGAAACCAAUGGGAAUCUCUUGCUUGUCUUCUCUAUUCUGCUUUACCUCCUUCUCAGGUUUAUGUUGAUGUAAAAAGUGGCAGCUACAAGAUCUUCAGAGCAAAGGAAUACAAUUGUUCUGUGGAAUUUUUCUGGAGUCCGUUUCUCGUCGAACUAAAAGUCGACAAGGCAAGUGGUGCUAGAAUAUUGGAGCUUGACAAACUCUCAGCUAUGUCAAAGAAAUGGUAUGGUGCAAAUAUCAUGGUGUUCAAUACUGGUCAUUGGUGGGUGCAUCAGGGAAAGCUGCAAGCAUGGGACUACUUUCGUUAUGAUGGGAAGAUGAUAAAAACAAUGGAGAUGGAGUUAGCACUUGAGGCAGCCAUGAAAACCUGGUCAAAUUGGAUUGAUCAGAAUGUGGACACAAAUAAAACAGCAGUUUUCUUUCGAAGUAUAUCACCAGAACACAAGGGGAAGCAAUGGUGCUACAACGAAACCGAACCCUUCUCCGACGAGUCCUACCAAAAGAUAUUCCCUGAGUCAUUAACUGAAGUAUUUGAGAGAACAAUGAAGAGGAUGAAAACCCCAGUGAAGUAUUUGAACAUAACAAAACUAUCCCAGUAUAGAAGAGAUGCACAUCCAUCAAUUUAUGCAAAAAAGCAAGGAAAACUUUGGGUAGCAAUGAAUCAGAGAAAAGAAGAGAUCAUUGCUGAUUGCAGCCAUUGGUGUUUGCCUGGUUUGCCUGAUACUUGGAACAGGCUCUUGUAUGCUACUAUUGUUUCAGACUCCUACUAAUAAUUCUCGACCAGUUUCGCAUACUUAGGUAUCGGGAACAUAAUAGAUAUUCAUACAGCUCCCAAACACUUUUAAGAUAUAUAAUUGAUAAGCGAUUUGACAUAUCUAUUUCA